AUGUCGCCCGCCUCUGCAUCGCCGAGCUCGUCCUCCUCCGCUCGCGCUGCCUGCGCACGCCGCCCUGCUUCUCCUCACCCUCCUCCGCCCGCUCCUGCCGCCUCCUCCGCCCGCCCCUGUCGCCUCCUUCGCGCCGCCCACCCCCGUGACUUCACGCCACCCUCCCACCUCCGCCUCCGUCCGCGUUGCCCGCCUCCGCACCACACUCCUCCAAACCGCGCUCCUCCGCCCGCCUCGCCCUUCUCCGCGCUGGCCUCCACCCUCCUCGCCCGUCCUGCUCCUCCUCGCCCUGCUCCGCCUACGCUUCUCACCCCUUUCGCACCACCCACCUGCUUCCUGCCGCCCGCCCCCGCGUUGCCCGCCUCCUCCGCAUUGCCCGCCUCGCCGUUGCCCUUCUCCACGCAUGUUGCCCGCGUCCGCCUCGCCCGCGUCCGCAUCGUCUUCCCCCACGUCCGCCUCGCCUGCGUCCGCAUCGUUUUCCCCCGCGUCCGCCUCGCCUGCGUCCGCGUUCAAGCCCUCCUCCGCGUCGUUCAGCUCCUCCCGCCUCGCCUCCUCCACCUCGCACACCACUUCCUCUGCCUCGUCCCGGCCCUGCGCCUCCUCCCUCGAGCCCUCCUCCAUCUCUGCCUCGCCCGCAUCCGCGUCGCCUACCUCCGCCCGCACGCUGCCCUCCUCCGCCUCGCCCGCCUCGGCGCCGCCCUCUGCCUCCCUCCAUCUGUCCCGUAG